AUGACAUCGACCAAACCUCUCUUCCCCAGAUUGACCUCUCUUUUCCCCUUACGUCACCCGUUUACCAAAUCCAAGCCUUCAAUCUACUCGACAGAUAGCUCCGAUACUCUCAUAUCAUCGGCCUCCUCAGGAGAUUCAUCCCCCAGCGCUGAUUCCUCUCCCAAACAGUCAUCGGGAGAUCACAAGUGGACUUCUGAAGAUCUCGAAUCGUAUUUCCACAGAGCCCUAAACGCAAAUUCCCCUCGGUCCCCAUCGCCUUCACUCACGAUCAGUUAUGAAGAAGCCAUGAUCUCCGUAGGAUGGCAGAUGGAUAAUCCCUAUAUUCUUACGGGGUAUCGUCAAGCUUUGGGUUCAGUCAGGGGAUGUGUGUAUAGUAUAUACGGAUAUUUACAUAAUGAAACAUUCAAUAUCCUAACUCAUCUCGUUGGAUCGAUAAUGUUUUCAAUCAUCCUAUCAAUUCAUAUCCUCCUGGAACCACUUUCGUCAACUACGACCAUAUCAAAUACAUCGAGUCGGACAGGGGCAAAAUACAAUUCAGGGGAUAUCCUCGCUCUAAGUGUGUAUUUGGUAGCAUGCACCGUAUGUCUGGGUAUGAGCGCAUCGUUUCAUACCCUCAAUUGUCAUUCGGCGAGAAUAUCCCACAGAGCACAUAGGUGCGAUUACGCUGGUAUAGUCGUUCUGGGAGUGGGAAGUAUCUUACCUGUCAUACAUCAUGCUUUCUACGAUGAAAUGUUUUGGCAAUUGGUAUACUCAGGUAUCAUCAUUAUCACAGGAAUGAUAUCAGCUUUUAUCGUCCUUUCUAAGGAAUACCGACGUCGAAGAAUCCUUCGAACAUCCACAUUCCUAUUCCUCGGAUGUUCAGCUACGACCCCUAUCGUCCAUAUAAUCGUUCAUGAAGGUUAUCAUCAUGCCAAGCAAAGUGUCGCAGUAGAUUGGAUAUUCAAAGCUGGUUUCACAUAUAUCCUAGGUGCUGCUAUCUAUGCCACAAGAUAUCCCGAGAGACUCCAUCCAGGCAAAUUCGAUAUCUUCUUCUCGUCCCAUCAGAUCUUCCAUUCGUUAGUGGUGGUCCUUUUCUUACAAGUCUCCAGAACCAGAGGAGGAGAUCAGAGAGAACGUGAUCGAGCAAAGAAGCUCAAGGAAGAAGCAGCAAAGGGAAAGAAAUUGUCUGGUAGUCCACAAGCGAGGAGGGAAGCUGAUGCCAAAGCAGUAGCUGAAAAACAAGCUGCGAAAGCGAAAGCUCGUGCAGAAGCUGAAGCAAGAGGUGAAGUAGCAUCUUUCGAUAAGAAAGUGGAACAGAGAAAAGUCAACGCUCAGCAGAAAAAGUAA